GAGGCCGUGUGGGCCCCUCCUGGCCCACCAUGGCACGGCGGCUGCAGGACGAGCUGUCAGCCUUCUUCUUUGAGUAUGACACUCCCCGGAUGGUGCUGGUGCGAAACAAGAAGGUGGGGGUCAUUUUCCGUCUGAUCCAGUUGGUGGUUCUGGUCUACGUCAUUGGGUGGGUGUUCGUCUAUGAAAAGGGAUACCAGACUUCAGGCGGCCUCAUCAGCAGUGUGUCUGUAAAGCUCAAGGGCCUGGCUGUGACCCAGCUCCAGGGCCUGGGACCCCAGGUCUGGGACGUGGCUGACUAUGUCUUCCCAGCCCAGGGUGACAGCUCCUUUGUAGUUAUGACCAACUUCAUCAUGACCCCUCAGCAGGCUCAAGGCUAUUGUGCAGAGAACCCAGAAGGUGGCAUAUGCCGGGAGGACAAUGGGUGUACUCCGGGAAAAGCAGAAAGGAAGGCCCAAGGCAUUCGCACAGGCAAAUGUGUGCCCUUCAAUAGCACGGUGAAGACCUGUGAGAUCUUUGGCUGGUGUCCUGUGGAGGUGGAUGACAAGAUCCCAAGACCUGCUCUUCUCCGUGAGGCUGAGAACUUCACCCUCUUCAUCAAGAACAGCAUCAGCUUUCCACGCUUCAAGGUCAACAGGCGCAACCUGGUGGAGGAGGUGAAUAACACCUACAUGAAGAAAUGCCUCUACCACAAGACCCUGCAUCCACUGUGCCCAGUCUUCAGCCUUGGAUAUGUGGUGCAAGAGUCAGGCCAGGACUUCCACAGCCUGGCUUUGAAUGGUGGGGUGGUUGGCAUCACCAUCGACUGGGAGUGUGACCUGGAUUGGCACGUACGGCACUGCAAACCCAUCUACCAGUUCCACGGGCUGUAUGGGGAGAAAAAUCUGUCUCCAGGCUUCAACUUCAGGUUUGCCAGGCAUUUUGUACAGAAUGGGACAAACCGUCGUCACCUCUUCAAGGUGUUUGGGAUUCGUUUUGACAUCCUUGUGAAUGGUAAGGCCGGGAAGUUUGACAUCAUCCCUACUAUGACUACCAUCGGCUCUGGGAUUGGCAUCUUCGGAGUGGCCACAGUUCUUUGUGACCUCUUGUUGCUCCACAUCCUACCCAAGAGGCACUACUACAAGCAGAAGAAGUUCAAGUACGCCGAGGACAUGGGGCCUGGGGAGGGUGAACGUGACCCAGCGGCCACCAGCUCCACUCUGGGCCUGCAGGAGAACAUGAGGACCUCCUGACCUCAGCCUUGGGUUCUGGACUUGACUCAGCGUGUGGCUUCUGGCUAGGGCCGGAGGCUUCGAGCCAGGGCAGAGACCA